AUGACUCACAUUGCUGUUUUGGAGAGUAUGAAGAAGAAAUGCUGUCAGUGCCAGGAAACUUCUCAGAGACAAGAAUUUAAUCGGAUAAAAAGAGAAAAACCAGAAAACAUACCAAAUUUAAAAAAUUUAGUAAAAGAAAAAUUUACUGCACUGGAGAACAAGAACAGUGACUCAGACUUGCAAAAGAAUGAAAAAUAUAUGUAUUUUAAGGAUCAACUUAAAGAGAUGAGAAAACAAUUUUGUUAUCCAUCAGAUAAUGAUAAUGAGGCCAUUGAACAAAUCGAUGAAGAUAUAGCUGUGACUCAGAGUCAGAUGAACUUUAUUUGUCCCAUUACACAGAUGGAAAUGCAGAAGCCAGUUCGAAACAAAGUCUGUGGACAUACUUAUGAAGAAGAUGCCAUUCUAAAAAUUAUCCAGACUCGAAAGCAACAAAAGAAAGAAGUCCGAUGCCCUAAAAUUGGCUGUAGCCAUGCUAAAGUAAAAGAAUCAGAUCUUGUGCCAGACGAAGCACUUAAAAGAGCGAUUGACAGUCAGAAAAAACAAAGCUGGUCAACGCUGGAGAAGUCAGCUGGAUACGCUCCUGCCACAAAGAAAAUUUGUUAUUAGAGGUCUUGUGAGAUAAGCUGCUGAUUGUAAGUAGGUUGUGUAACUGAUUGUUAUUUGAAGUGUUUCAUUUAUAGGCAAAGUUGAAGGCCUCAGCUGUAACUGAAAGCAUUUUUUAAACAGCUGAAUACGAGGAAUUCCAGUUUAACUUGUUUUGGUUUUUUUAACCUCUGUGAAAUUCUAAAAGCUCGUGUUUGAUAAAUAAAACAUGUUUUGCAACAUUUAA